AUGGUAUCAACGCGACGGAAAAAAGCGACAGAAACUGAACCUGAAAGUACGCCAACUCCUCCACCAACUAGAACAAGAAGAUCGAGAGCUGCAAAAGAAAAAAGUGCGACGCCAAAUAGUAGGUUAAAAUCAAAAACACCUUCAAUUGAAGAACCGGAAGAAGUGAAAUCAUGUACAGAAUUAGUGAAAGAUAUUGAAUUAGAUCAAUGUGAUUUUUUCGUUGUUGAGGUAAUUCAUUUUUUUCAAAUUUUGGUUCGCCGAGGUCAAAUCAAAUAUUUCAGAAAACAAAAGAAAAUGAGGAAACUAUUAAAGUGGAAGAUGUGAAAGAAACUUUUGAUGAAAUCAAGGAAGAAACUGUAAUUGAAAAUGUGGAACAAGAUAUUGAUUCUUCUGAGUUGAAAACUGAAGUAAAAGAAGAAGAUAUUCUUGAAAAAGUUUCGCAAGAAAAAAAUUCAGAAAUUAUCGAUGAAAAAACAGAAGAAUCUGAUGCUCCUUCUGAAGGAAAAAGAUCAAAAAGUCCAAGUCCAAUGGAUAUAUCAGAUAAUGAACACGAAGAAGACAAAUCUGAAGAGAAUAUUAAUGUUCCUUCAAAUGAACCAGAAUCGAUUCCCGAGGAACCUGAAUUUAUAGAAAUUGAACAACCAAAAUAUCGCCGACCACAUAUAUUUCAUCCAGCUGCAGCUGCUUUUGAAGAAGAAAAAGAAGUUGUUAAAAUACCAAAACCUGUAGUUUCUGAAGAUCAACAAUCGAUGGGAAUAAAACCAAUCGUCAUUAAAACUCCAACAAGACCUGGUUUAAAUCCCAAUCCAUUGCUAUUUUCACCUGGAAAACGAUUUGGAGCUACUUUAUCAGCUACUGUACCACCUAUAUCUGUUGUAGAAUUACCAAAACCAUCAUUUUUUGGUGUUAAAAAUGUACCACCACCACAAGUUAUUCUUUCUCCUGAACCUGAACCUUCUUCAUUGCUUAGUGGACCAAUGAUUAUAGCUCCGGCUGUUGAUAGAAGAAAAGAAGAAGAGAAAGCUAAAGAAUCGGCGGUUCGUUUUAUUAAAUUUUAUAUAAAUCAAAUGAAUUGAAAUUUUUCAGCGUCAACAAGCUCUUGCUGUUGCAGCAAAAAUAUCUAGAAAAUUCGAAAGCGACGAGCGACCGAAACAUUCUUUAGAACGUGAACGUGAGAAGAAUUCUCGCGAUGAAAGAUAUCGAGAAAGUAACACAUCAUCAUAUCAUCGCUCUUCACAUCGAGAAGAUUUUGAAAGAAGAGGAAGAGAACGAGAUAGAAGGCAUAGCCAUAAUCAUCAUAGCAGCAGUCGAAGAUAUGAAUCGAAUAAUGAUCGAGAAAAAAGAAAAGAUGAACGAGAUAAAUCAAGUCCAAGAAAAGAUCGAGAAUUUCGAAUUGAAAAAGAGGACGAUAAAAAAGAACGAAAAUAUCAAGAAGAUCAUGAAAAUAAUGAAAAAGAACAAAAUGGAAUUGAAGAAAUUGUAAAAAAUGAAGAAAAAUAUGAGAAUGAAAGAGAAAAAGAACACGAGGAAGAAAUAAAAGAAAAGACUGUGGAGAAAAUAGUUGCAGAAAGAGCAAAAUCACCUGAAAUUCCAGAAAAUGAAAGAAAAAUACCACAUUUCGAACCAAUCACAGAAUGCAAGUAUUUAACUAAAAAUGCUUCCAAGAAGAAAACAGAAUCACUUGUGUAAGUUUUUAAAACUGGUUAAUUAUUUUUCGAAGCUUCUUUUAGGUUUCCCAAGUUAAUAUUUCUUACUUUAUUUCUAAACUUUGAUAAUUUCUCUCGAUAUUCGGAUAUUUGAGAAUUAAAUUUGGGAAAUAUUUCUUGGGAACACAAUUGGCCAAAACAUUUUUUUAAUAUGUUAUUUUUCGUAUUAUUUUCAGAUGUGAAUGUCAUGAAAGUGGUAACAAUUGUUCGGAUGACGAUUGUGUGAAUCGUGCAAUGUAUACAGAAUGUCCAACAGGUUGUCCAGCUACCAAAUGUAAAAAUCAAAGAUUUACCAAAAAGAAGAAUGCAGCUGUUGAGCCAUUUAAUACUGGAACAAAAAAAGGAUGUGGUUUGAGAGCAACAAAAGAUAUCAAAAAGUUAGUUUUAUUCUUGAAAUAAUUUUUUAAAACCAAAUUUCAAAUAUUUUAGAGGACAAUUCAUAAUUGAAUAUGUUGGUGAAAUGUUAGAACGAGAUGAUUAUGCAAAACGAAAAGAGAAAUACGCAAAAGACAAAUCACAUAAACAUCAUUAUUUUUGUGACACUGGAAGUCAUACAAUUGAUGCAACAACUAUGGGAAAUCCAUCAAGAUUCAUAAAUCACAGUUGUAAUCCAAAUGCAGUUUGUGAGAAAUGGAUGGUACCAAAAACACCAGGAGCUGUUAAUCGAAUUGGAUUUUUCGCAAAAAGAGCUAUUUUAGCUGGUGAAGAAAUUACUUUCGAUUAUCAAUUUGUGAAUUAUGGGUUAGUUGAAUAAUAAUGAAAAAAAAUGAAAUUAAUAUUUGUGAUAUUUUCAGACGUGAAGCUCAACAAUGUUUUUGUGGCUCUGAAAAUUGCACUGGUUAUAUUGGUGAAAGACCGGAAGAUUUUAGUUCGGAUGAAGAAGAUGAAAGUGAUGAUGAAUUAAUAACAACUGAAGAAUUGGAUGAUGAAGAAAAACGUAUAUCUGAGCUUGAAUUUUUAUCCGAAAAUGAAAGAAAAGAGGCUAUUGAGAAUCUUUUGGCUGAUCUUGUUGUUAGAAAUCGAAAAUAUUCGAAGAAAGUUAUUCAAAUUGCUGAAAGAAUGACUAAUUGUGAGCAAAGAAUGAAGUUGAUUGAUGAGAUUUUCUCGCAAGAUACGGUUAGUUUAAUUUUUUUUCAAUUAGCUCAUUGCAUAAUUUUUGAAAUAAUUUAUAUUCAGACACCAAAUACGCAAUCACAUUAUGCAAAAGAAGGAAUUCUGAAUUUAAUGUAUGAAUGGCUUUCGCAGCAAGAUUUAUCAAUUGAAAAUCUAAAAUUAAUGCAAAAAGUAUUGCAAACUCUUCAUGGCGAAGUUUUUGUUCCAUUUGCUCGAUCCGAUAAGGAUUUGUUAGAAGUUGUAGAUAAAAUUGCAAAAAGCGAAGCAGCUCCUGAAGGAAUUCAUAUUCAAUCAGUUGUUGAUAGUUUGGUCAUAAGUGUUGAAACUGGUGAAGAUUAUAACAAAAUUGAAGAUUUAACAUAUGUAAGUUUUGUCUGAUUUUUUCAUAAACAAUAUUUAUGAAUAUUACAGAAUGAAAUCAACGCAAAUUUUGUUCGUCUUCGAGAAAUGGCAAUUCGAUUAAAUGGUCAUUGGUGGACACGAUCUGUUACUUUCCGAAUUCCGAAAAAACAAAAAGUUGAACCAGUUAUCACCCCAAAACAAGUAUCGAAAGAACACAUUCAAUCAAUCGAUAAUUCGUAUGAAUCAAAAUAUUAUUCAUCUCAACCGAAGUUUUUCGAUUCUCGAUCAGAAUAUGGUUCAACAAUUGGUGGAAGAUAUGGUGGAUAUCGAUCAUUUGGUGGAAAUAAUGGAGAAUUUUAUCGUGGAAGAGGAGAAGGCAGACGAUAUCCAGCACAUCAAUAUGAUUCUGGAACAACUUCAUUUUUCAGUAAGUUGAUUUUCAUAAUGAAAAUAGAAAAAAUCAAUUAUAUUUCAGAUCAAUUUCCUUCAUCUUCGUAUCGAAAACGUGCUCGUUAUUCUCGUAGUCGAUCACGUAGUUUAUCACCUCCUCCAAAUAACAAACGAUUUAGAAAUGAUGAUCGAAAAUCGCCAAUCGAUACAACCAAAAAACCAACAACACCUCCAUUUGAACCAGAUAGAUGUACAUCCUCAGUUAGUUCCACAAAAUCUGAAAUUGCUCCGAAAUUGAAUAAUGUCCCGACAAAUCCAAGUGUUCGUAUGGCUCCACCAGGUGGUCCACCACCUCCACCAAUCAGAAUGCCACCACCACCGCCACAUUAUGAUUAUCGUAAGUUACUUGUUUUUUGAAAAUCAAAAUUUGAUAUCCAAAAAAUUUCAAUCGUAGUUUAGAUUGUCCAUUGAAAUGUUACAUUUUUUCAUUUUCACGAAAAUCAAGAAUUUAAGGAUUUCACGAAAAUUAAGGAUUUCACGAAAAUCAAGAAUUAGAUUAUCACGUUUUUUAUUUUAAAAAAUAUAUCAGAAAUCUAGAGUGUUUUAUGAUUAAUCAAAGUUACUUAAAUAUUCAGAAAUGGGAUAUGGUUAUCCUUAUCCAUAUUUUCCACGUGGUCCACCAACUUCUCAUCCAAUUGGUUAUCCUCCACAUCCACCUGGUUUUCCACAACAUCCAUCAUAUUGGCCAACAGAAGAAAGACCAAGAACACCGUUUAGAAUGGAAACAUUGCCAACUAUUGAAGAUCUACGAAUUUUGUACAAAACUGCAACGAUUGAACAGAUAAGGUAGAUUUUUUUCAGAUUUUUCUUUCACUAUCAGAAAAUUUUCCUUUUCUAAUUAACAACAUGAAUUCGGAUUUUUUCAGAGAACAUCGAGAUGAACUUCAACUACAAAUUCAACUUGCUUAUGCAAUGAUUGCACAAAAAGAAGUUGAAAUGAUAAAUGUGCCAUCAUCUGCUGCUAUUAUUCCAUCUGUCAAUAUGAUUCAACCGAAUCCGUGUCCACUUGAAGGUGUACAUGAACCACCGCCGAAAAAAGAAAAAUAUAGUUGGGCACGUGCGAAAUCAGAGAAUGGUGAAACAUAUUAUUACAAUAAAAUAACGAAGGAAACACAAUGGGAUCCUCCAAAUCCUGAACAAGGAGAAGUUGAUCCAAAUGAUCAAACACCACCUGAUACAACUGAAGAAUCUGAUAAUGUAAGUGAAUUUAUUUUCAUUUUUUGAAAUUUUUUAUUUUGAAAAUUUUCAGAAAUCUUCGUUACAAGCGAGAUUAGGUGAAUUAAUUGAAAGUGAUUCUGCUGAAUCGAUAAAAAUGCGAGAAAGAGAAGAAAGAGAACGAGAAAUUGCACGGCAAAGAUGUGAAGCAGCAAAACUUCGACAAAAUGAAGAAAAUGAACGAAUGCAGAAAAAAACGAGGGAUUUCAAAAUUAAACUGGAACAAGUUGUUGCUCCCAUUGUUAAACCAGCAACAAAAAAUUUGAAAAGUGCAACACCUGAAAAGGUUAUGUGGCUUGUCAAAACAGUAUGUUUAAAUUAAUUGGUAUAUUAUUCACAUUAUUUAUUUUUUAUAGAUUGUUCGAGAAAUGUUCAAACGGCAAACUAGUGAAGGAGGAUUUAAUUUUGAACUCACCGAUUCUGCUAAAGUCAAAGUGAGUAACAUUAUUAAUCGAAUUUAUAAUUUCAAAUCCCCAAUUCAAAUGAUUCAUUACAGGUCAAAAAAUACACCGCUGAAGUUUUGGAUAGAAAACUGAAAAAUGGAGGAAUCGAUUUUUGGAAAGGAUAUCAGUCAAGACAAUAA